AUGGAUACAAAGUAUAGGUACACGAUUCCUCGUGAGAGGAGGUCAUGGCGAGAUACAUUGAAGCAGGAUGAAAAGUUGCAUAAGAAGACAUCAAGCUUUGAUUCAGAUCCAAUAUUUACGCCAAAAAGAUCGCUAGAUGAGAUUGCAGUGGAUGGUAAACUUGAAAACAUGGAUACGCCUUCGACUGGUAAGAUGUUUGGAUCUCCUGAUACUAUGAGAGAUUCCCAAGUUUUAUUAGCGAAGCAACCGCUAAUUAGUACAGAAGUGCUUGAUAUUCCUAACCAGCGACAACUAUUUUUUUGCAUAUUUGCAAUUAUUCAGUCAUAUAAGCUAUACGAUCUAAUAAUGCUGAAGUCGGGGCUUCCUGUGUCCGGACUUCUCCCAGAUGGCUCGAAAUUCAAUUUCAUUAGCAAGUAUGCCAUCCUUGAUUCUAUGUUUCUAUAUUUUUUGCCAUGCUUCAAAAUACCUAAAUUGGACUUCAAGCCUUUUGUAACCGUUUUACAGAUUGCUUUGAUGAUUGCAUUUACUGUCCUCUUGUCGAACGACACUAAUAUUCCAGUAGUGUCCAUGCUUGUGUCCAUGUGGAGCAAAUACCAUACCAAGGAGCUGAGUUUGACAGGUGCUUCGGUGAACCACAGAAAGGUUGUAGAUAGCUCCUCUCAUUUCAAAGGAGCCCAUACCAUAAAAAUACUGCCAGAAAACACUGUAAUGCUCAAUCCUUUCCAAUCGUCAUACUGUUUGCCCUUAGAUGAUCUCAUACCUAACUUACACAUACCAAUUAGGAUCAAUUCAACUUCUGAUAUAAGUUACCUAGAGUUGGAACAUCGUGAUUUGUACACAAAUGAGCUACAAGUGCUGAACUUUACAAAGAAAGAUUUAAGCAAGUUGAAUGUUAAGAGUGAGGUGGAUCCUAAUAUCCUUUACUUACAAAUGCCAUUGAAGAGGAUUGGAUUUUAUCAGUUAAAGAGAAUUGUAGAUGUGAACAAUUUUGCUUUGCGGAUCUAUAAGCCGCAGCUGCUUAUUUCGGAAUGUCCGCUUGCCACGAUAAACGGCGAUGGGCCAUUGCAUAAGUGUGCUGGCGACAAAGAUUCUGUGACAAUCCAAGUAACUGGUGUGCCACCAAUGAAGCUGAAAUAUACUAAAACUGUGGACAAGGAAACGUAUAAUUUUGUUGAUUCUUCGCUCCAGCCAGAGUAUUUUGAAUCGCCAUUACUAUCAAAUAGGAAAUUUUUUACGAAGGAAGAUAUUGCGGAUUUGAAAUGGGCCCAGAAUCAUCCGGUAGAAAUAAACUUGGAGUCAUUCCUGAAAAGUGAUGGAUCUAUUAGAUACUCUAUUGACGAAGUUGUUGAUGGCUUGGGAAAUGUUAUGGAUUUCAAGAAACUACCUGCGGAUUUGUUAGCGAAAUACGAAUUAGAAUAUAAGUUUCAGACACAUGACUUACCUCGUGCAUCAGUCGAGGAAAAGGUGAAUCCUAAUGCUGCUACUAAACGCUCACUUGUGAUUAAAAUCGAAUCUAGUUCAACAUCUGAAGACGCUCCAUUUGUUGCAAACUUUGUUUAUGAGUACAACGGUGAUAAAUCUACAUUUCAACAUGAAUUCGAAGGUUCCGUUUCUGAAAUUCUCAUUGACAAGCCAGGAGUAUACACAUUAGCCUCAAUUCAAUCCAAAUAUUGUUCUGGGGCAAUUGUUGGCAAAUCUACUCUACUAAUCACGAAGCCCAUCCCACCACAAUUAACUGUUAAACCUACUCCAAUUCUUGACCAAUGUAUAGGACAAGUUGGAUUAAACUUUGAUUUGACUUUUACAGGAGUUCCUCCAUUUUAUUAUGUGGCCAAUAUCUACAAAAUAGAGAAUGGUAAGCGCCAGUUGUAUGAAAGAAAGAAAUAUACAUCGCAUGGUACGCGAAUGCAAAGUUCAUAUAGUCCAACCAAAGAGGGCCACUACGAAAUUGUUUUUGAAUCUAUAUCAAACGCCCUAUUCAAAGAACCGAUUCACUUGGCUCCUACUUCUGACUUUACCUUUAAUACUUCGAUGAGAGUGAAAGCAAAUGCUGCCAUAGCUCAAAUGCAUGAUUCUAAAUUAUGUUUGGGAGGAAGCACCAAGAUUCCGGUUACAUUAACUGGUGAACCACCUUUUAAUCUAAACUACGAUAUUGUGGAGACAUAUUCGAAUAAACGAACUUCCUAUAAGUUGGAAGGCCUUACAUCUUAUCAACAUGAAAUUGUAACGCCACAAUUCAACGUUGGUGAUGAUUAUAUAUUAUCAUUGAUUUCCGUUAAAGAUUCUUCUGGUUGUUUGGUUCCAUUAAGUGGUAAUGACGCUAGGAUAACGGUCAGAAGGGAUGUCCCUACAGCCUCGUUCAAUUUUAUUGAUUCUAGCGUAAAUGAACAAAAAAUGAAGGAAGGAACAGUUUCAGAAUUACCUUUGAGGCUUUCUGGAGAACAUCCUUUUACUCUCCGGUAUAAACAUAUAAGUGUCGACGGUAGGGCUACUCUUCACGAAACUCAAUUCCAAUCAAAUUAUAAGCCAAGUUUAAGGGUUACUAAACAGGGAAGCUACGAGCUCCUUUCAGUUAACGACAAAAGUUGUAAAGGUAAGAUUGAAGGUUCUAACAUUUAUAAGGUUAGCUUUUUUGAGAAACCGACAUUUUCUGUUGUUGAGCAUAAUAAGGUUACCGAAUUGAGUAGAAACAACUUCAUGAAGGAGGCUGUUUGUCAAGGUGUUGAAGAAACUGUGGAUCUGUCCUUGGUAGGUUCUGCCCCAUUUACUGUUGCAUACGAUUUGACUUCUCCUAAUGGUCAAAUAACUUCAAAGUCGAUCCAAGUUGCGACCAAAUAUGCGUCAUUAAAGUUGCCAAAUACUCAAGCUGGUGAAUAUAUAUUAACGGUGAAGGGAGUUUACGAUUCUUACUACACCGAACAGGAUUUCCCAAGUCAAGCAUUCAAGAGUUCUGAAGUCGUUAUCAGACAGGCCGUUAAUGUAUUGCCUAACAUAGUGUUCUCGAACAGAGGUAAUAAUUACAGGACCUGUUAUGCAAAUCUUGACCAACCAGAGCUGCUAGAGCCAAUUAAUUUACAAGCUAAAUCAGGUAAAGGUCCAUUUACAAUUUCUUUUAGCAUUUAUCAUGAAAGCACCUCCAAAACGGACUAUCUCACAGUUGAUGGCGUUAUUCCAGAAAGGUUUGAUUACAAGUUGUUAUACAAAGGUUUGAAGCUGGGUAACCACAUUGUUACAAUAGAAAAGCUAGUUGAUGAUAACGGCUGCGUUUACGAUACAUUCCUUGAAAAUAAUCAUAUCAUAAUCUCAAUAACUGAUGUUCCUAAGAUCGUGCUAAUGGAACCAAGUAUGGAAUACUGCGUUGGUGACUAUGUCUCGUACCAACUGAACGGUGUUGCUCCUUUUACCAUCAAAUACGUGUUUAAUGGUGUGCAAUUAAAAUCCAAGGAAAAAACCUCCCAGUUCGUUAGAUUUGCAAGCGAACCAGGUUCUAUUUCCAUCAAUUCAAUUCAAGAUUCCUCUUCGCAAUGUGUUGUGAACUUCCUAAGCCCUGGAAUGGAAAGCGAGUACGAAAGACUAUCUUUAAACAUCCAUCCUAUUCCCUCCGUUAUUGUUUCUCAAGGCGAGAACAUAAUUGAAGAUAUUCAUGAAGGUGACUUAGCCGAAGUGAUAUUCACCUUUGAAGGUACGCCGCCAUUUUCAUUGACCUAUGUACGGACAGAAGAGGUCGAGGGAAGAAAAGGAAGACCGCAAAUUGUGGAAACUCAUAAGGUUAGCGACAUAUACUCGUACGAGUAUAGAGUUGCAACCAGUUUGCAAGGAACUUAUGAGGCAAUUGAAGUUUCAGAUGCCUACUGCCUAGCAAAAAAUGAUGCAUUCUUCAACCAUUAUUAA